GCUGUAAAAGUAAUGAUGACAAUAGACCGAAAUAAAUAAAUAAAUAAAAAAAGACAUCCUAGUAGCCUGACAUUUUUCACAUUUUAAAAUCUCUUACAAUUAUUGUCUUUUCCUUUCUCUUUACCAAGUCUGUCUGAUUAUGAUCUCUACAAGAUAACGAAUCUUGAUGCCCCGCAAAAAAUCUUAUCAUCGUUGUUGACAAAAUCACUCACGCCUACCCGAGAUCCAACACUCAAAGCUUGAGCCAACCUUGCAAGGAUCCACAUCCUUGCAGAUUAUGGCGCCAAAUUGACUGGUGAUGGAGCUGGAAGUUGUCGAAAUGGGAGGAUUUUUUGUGAUGUUUUGAGGGUCAAUUUCGAAAGAAAAUGGCUUUGGUUUCUUGCAGGAAUUGAUUGCUGUUUUGCAUGUUCUUGAGAGGGAAUUCUAGCUUUGAGAUUUUAACAUGAGCUCUGAUGUGGCUUAGCGAAUUGUGAAGAAAGUUUGUUUUUUUGGAUAAGGAAAUCACAUAAAACGAAAAAAGGUGCUUUUGGACCGAAAUGAUAAAAAGUUGAGUUAAUUUUUGGUGCGUUGAAUGCUUAGCUUUGUAAUCGAUCUUUACGUGAUAUUGUGGCUAUGCCAAGUGGCCUUGAUUUUUGAUGAAGACAGCCUAAAUACUCACAAGUUGGAUUAAAAUAUAAUGGGCCAUUAUUGGCAUUUGAAGGAAUGUAAGUAGUUGAGAGUGUUUUUGGUUUUUCUAAGCGACUCUGUUUGAAUUGAAUGAAUGUUGCAGGGAAUGGCAGCUCCAGUUGAGCCUCCAAAUGGGGUUCGGAUUCAGGGGAAGCAUUACUAUUCCAUGUGGCAAACUUUGUUUGAGAUUGACACGAAAUAUGUGCCGAUCAAGCCUAUAGGUCGAGGGGCUUAUGGUAUUGUGUGCUCUUCUGUGAAUAGAGAAACUAAUGAGAAAGUUGCGAUUAAAAAGAUACACAAUGCUUUCGAAAACCGUGUUGAUGCGCUGAGAACUUUAAGGGAACUGAAGCUUCUUCGGCAUCUUCGACAUGAAAAUGUGAUUGCUUUGAAAGAUGUGAUGAUGCCUACCCAGAGAAGAAGCUUUAAUGAUGUUUAUCUGGUUUAUGAACUCAUGGAUACGGAUCUGCAUCAAAUUAUCAAGUCUUCUCAAGCACUUUCUAAUGAUCACUGCCAAUAUUUCCUAUUUCAGUUGCUACGUGGUCUGAAAUAUCUUCACUCAGCAAAUAUUCUCCAUCGUGACUUGAAGCCUGGAAACCUUCUCAUCAAUGCGAACUGUGACCUAAAAAUCUGUGAUUUUGGGCUGGCACGCACUAGCAAUGGCAACAACCAGUUCAUGACUGAGUAUGUUGUCACUCGUUGGUAUCGUGCUCCAGAGCUCCUUCUAUGCUGUGAUAAUUAUGGGACAUCAAUUGAUGUCUGGUCUGUAGGAUGCAUCUUUGCAGAGCUUCUAGGUCGGAAGCCUAUCUUCCCUGGCACAGAAUGUCUCAAUCAGCUUAAACUUAUCAUCAACAUCCUCGGAAGUCAAAGUGAGGAGGAUCUUGAAUUUAUUGAUAACAUGAAGGCAAAGAAAUAUAUCAAGUCACUUCCUUAUUCACCUGGGACUCCCUUUUCCCACCUUUAUCCUAAUGCACAUCCUUUGGCAAUUGAUCUGCUACAAAAAAUGCUUAUUUUUGACCCAUCAAAGAGGAUCACUGUCACUGGAGCACUGGAACACCCUUACAUGUCUCCACUAUAUGAUCCCAGCUGCAACCCUCCAGCUCAGGUCCCAAUUGAUCUUGACAUAGAUGAGGAAUUGGGGGAAGAAAUGAUACGAGAGAUGAUGUGGAAGGAGAUGCUUCUUUACCAUCCUGAGGCUGCAGCGGCCAAUGGUGAGGUGUGUGCUCCUAAUCUCGUCUGUUAAUUCUGGUGGCCUAAGAGGGUUGCUAUUUUGCUUAAACCAAGGAAGUUUUGGUUGGUGUUACUAGUUCUUUUGGUCAUGCUCUAUUUCCCUUCUUGUUUCAAUAAGCUUAAAGAAGCAUGCACCAGCCAGCUACGCUGGCUGUGCAUGAUAUGACUAAUUUUUGUUUUAAGAGUGUGUUUAUGAGCUUGAGCUCUGAAACUUAGGUGGCCCUUUCGGUUUGUAUAUAGGUGUGUUUUUGUACGUGUCUGGGAAAACUUCCUUUGUAAAUGUAGUGACUGAAGAUGUGUGCCGAGACUAUAAUUAUGACCUAGUUUCAUGAGGAAAAAAUCUCCCUAAUGGGUUCCAGGCAGUGAGCUUCUAGUUCUACCUUGCUUUUUAUCCAUGUAAUAAGCAAACAUGUACUGGUAAUAAGGUGGUAAGUUAUAGCACCUCUUAACCUA